UAUCUCGGCGACUUGUUUGGAGUUAGACCCAAACAGAUAUUUGCUGGCCUAGCAACGGUCGCUAUCCACCGCCACAGGGCCCAUCCGCGGCGCCAGCCCAGAACACAAAAAAAAACCACCCCAAGAAGCGCUUCCCAAAAACGAGGGGGCCGGUUCGUUUCAGAGUUUCAAAACGACCGCUCUCGCACAACACGCGGGGUCCGAUUCGGCCGGGGCAGGAGCAGGGGUAGAAUAUGCACCACCUGGCGCCGGAGACAGCAGAAGCGUUGCCGGUGUCGUUCUGAGUCCAGGUGGAGCCGGGAGCACGGGCGAAGUGUCCCAUCGGGGACGUUGGCGUCGGACGAGAUCUGGGAGGUUGGACUGUGGACGCUGUUGGGCCGCUUGCGUGGAGGCCAGCAAGCAGCGGCCGCUGUCGAUUGAUGCCUGGGGAUUAUUUGACAUUCUUACGUGAGCGCUCGCCCUCAUGCAGUCGGAGCAGAUGAACGGCACGCCGUCGAGCGAGCAGUCGCGCGCUCUCACGCAUCCCCCGGACGGCACCCUCGCGCACUAUCUGGGCGUGCGCCACGCGGGAGCCUCCGCCCUGGCCGAGCCCAUCACCGCCAAGCGGGUCUACUUCUACAAGAGCGGCGACCCGCAGUUCGGCGGCCUCAAGGUGGCCAUCAACAACCGCACGUUCAAGACGUUCGAUGCGCUGCUGGACAACCUGUCGCGGCGCAUGCCGCUGCCAUUCGGCGUGCGCACCGUGAGCACGCCGCGCGGCCUCCACGCGGUGCGCGACCUCGAGCAGCUCGAGGACGGCAAGGCCUACGUCUGCUCCGACCGCCGCCGUGCCAAGCCCCUGGACCUGGAGCAGGCCUCGCGCCGCCCCCAGCCCUGGAGGUCGAGCCGCCGCCCCCUGACGAGCAGCAGCAGCCGCCGCCAGGCUUUGCGUUUGCUCCGGCGGCAGGAGAUGGGAGGGGGAGCGGAGGAGCCAAGGUUGGCGCGCGCCACCCCGCGCCGUCUCACCCUGGUGCGCAACGGCGAUGCGACGGGGCCGCGCUACGCCCUGCUGCUGUCACGCCGUUCCGCCUCCAGUGGCCUCGCCGGGCUGCUCGCCGAUGCCUCCCAGAUCAUGGGCUUCAGCGUGGCACGGCUCUACACCACUGAUGGGCGCAAGGUGGAAAGCCUGCAGGCCCUGCUGCACGUACCAUCCACGCUGGUGGCCGCCGGUCGGGAGCCGUUUCAGCCGCUGCUCUACGACGCCAUGCGGCUGCCGCUGCUGCAGAACCCUCGCGGUGCCGCCCGGGCCGAGGGCAAGACGAAGGGCCGCUUCAAGGUGUGGGUGAGCACGGGGGAGCUGGCCGCCGCCGGCACGGACGCGCGCGUCUCCGUGACGUUGUACGGGGAGCGCGGCCACGCGGGGCCCAUCCUGCUCGGCGCCGGCAGCGGCGGCACCGGUGGCACCUUCAGCAAGGGCAGCGAGGAUGAGUUCACGGUCUCUGCCGGGAACGUAGGGGAACUCUACAAGAUCCGCGUCAGCCACGACAACUCUGGCGAGUCCCCGGGAUGGCUCUGCCAAGCGGUGCGGCUGCUGGACCUGCACACGAAGGAGGAGUUCGAGAUGCGCGUGAACCGCUGGCUCUCGCGAGACGAGGACGACGGAGAGAUCUGCCGGGAGGUGGCGGUGCCGCGGCGCACGGGGCCCGUCCUGCCCGCGGUGCGCUACGAGGUGCGCAUCACGACGGGCGAGCUGUGGAACGCCGGCACGGAGGGGCGUGUUCAUGUGGCGGUGCAUGGCGAGCGCGGCGACACGGGGCCGCGCCUUCUGCAGCGCUCGCGGCACCCCACCUCCUUCCAGCGUGGCCAGACGGACGUGUUCCGCCUGGAGGCCGUCCACCUGGGCCGCCUGCAGCGCGUGCUCGUGAGCCACGACUCCGAGGAGCCGGGCAAAGGCUGGUACCUGGAGAAGGUGGUGAUCCAGGACCCGCUGGCCGACAUGGAGAGCGUGUUCCUCUGCCACCGUUGGCUGGACACGGGCGAAGACGACGGGAAGACGUCGCGGGAUCUCAACAUCGUGGAUCGAACGCUGAGCGCGGCACAGCAAGAGCAGGAGCUGCUUGAGAAGGAGCUGUGGGCAGCCGAGGGCUGGAAGUUCCAGCGUGGCAGCGUCCUGCAGCUCCGAAACAAGCUCACCGGGCGCCUGCUGCGGAUCAAGCCUGAUGCCUCGGUUGACGCGCUUGGGGAGAAGGGCGACAAAUACAGUUACUUUGAGGUGGCACGGCGGCGUGGCAACGUGCGGGCGUUCAACAGCCUGGCGCUGCCCGCGUACUAUCUAGCAGUGGAGCAGAACCACGUCGUGGGCAUGAGCGAGAACGGGCCGGCGUGCGACUUCAGCGUGUGCGUGCAGCGCGACCGCAGCGUGCAGCUCGCGUCCGUGCGCUUGCCCGGCCACGCUGUGCUCUUCACGCCACACGGCCGGCCCGGCGACACCAAGGCGGCCGCGCAGGGCCCCGCGUGCCUCUUCUACGUGCACGUCAAGGGCGUGUUCCGUGACGGGGCGGUGCUGCUGCUCAACUCGAGCACCACGCAGGCGCUGUCGGUGUCGGCGGACGGGCGGUGCAGCGGCGCGGGCCGGCGCUUGGAGGCGUCGCACCUGCGCGUGCACGUGGUGGCGCCGCGCACCUGCAUGUUCGAGAGUGUCGCGUUCCCGCGCAGGUUCCUCCGCGUCAAGGACGGCCACUGCGAUGGGCUGGGCAUUGGCGACAAGCACUGCCACUUCAUCGUGCACAAGCAGCGCGACUGGAGCUCGGUGGGGCUGGAGUCGGCGCGCCACAAGGGCAUCUUCGUGGGGCUGCAGGCCGACGGGCAGGCGCGGCCCCUUGUCAAUGCCGGAGAGGCCAACACCACCUUCUACCCACAAGUCAUCUCCUUCGGCAGAGAAAAGGCUUCGCGUCACCUCGACCUGUCGAUGGAGGAGACGCCGCGACUCUCGUCGGCCCUCUCCCCCGUGCCGCUCGACACCCCCAAAGGGUGGGAGUGGCGCGUGCUGGUCACGACGGGCAGCGAGGGCACGGGUGCGCGCGUGCAGCUCUGGGUGUACGGGGAGCGUGGCUCCGCGGGCCCCAUUUUCCUGGGCAAGGGCGAGCACGACGGCAUCUUCAGCGCCAAGCAGGAGGACGAGUUCCAGAUAACGCUCCCGGACCUGGGCAAGAUCUACAAGAUCCGAGUGGCUCACGACGGCUCCAGCGAAAACCCGGACUGGAAGCUACAGCAGGUGGUGCUGCGGGGGCUCCGUGGGGGCGACACGUUGCGCUUCCCGGCCAACCGCUGGCUGUCGCGGCGCCACGGCGACGGGCAGACGGUGCGCGAGCUGCCGGCGGUGCGCGACGCCACGGGGAAGCCGCUCCACCCAGUGCUGCGGUACCGCGUGUCGGUGAGCACGGGAGAUGAGCCGGGUGCGGAGACGCAGGCGCCCCUCUUCUUGUGCCUGCACGGCGAGCGCGGAGACAGCGGCGAGCGCGAGCUGCUCACCUCCGACCACGCCGUGCCUUUCCGCCGGGGACAGACGGACGUGUUUGAGCUGGAGGCCGUGAGCCUGGGGGAGCUGCGCCGUGUGUCCCUGCGCUGCGAUGCGCGCGCCGCUCACGACCGCUGGUUCUGCCACGCGGUGUCCGUGCGGGAGUCGCCGCACUCCGACCUCGAGUACGGAUUCCCCUGCAACGGGUGGAUCCCCGAGGAGUUCUCUGUCGAGGACGCCCAGAGAGAGAAGAUGCUGCUUCUGGAAGAAAUCCGGAAAGUGACGCCCCUGGAAGCGAGGUCGGAGGUGAACGAGAGCGAGUGGAAGAUUUUGGUGGUGACGGGCGACGGGCCGGACUCGGGCACGGAGGCGACCGUGAGCCUCGUGGUGUACGGAGAGCACGGGGCGUCGCGGACGCUGCUGCUCGGCUCCGGGGAGAGCCACCUCUUCAAGCCGCGCAGCGUCGACAGCUUCCGGAUCUCUCUGCCGGAGCUGGGGGAGCUGUACAAGUUGCGCGUGGGCCACUCGGGCGUGGGCGAGGCCUCUGCCUGGUUCCUGGAGCGCGUGCGCCUCAAGCCGGCGGGCGGCCGCCCCCUGGAGCUGCCCGUGACCCGCUGGCUCGCCGACGACCGAGACGACGGCGACACCUGGAGGGAGGUGCCCGUUCCCCGGCCCGGAAAACGCCUCCUACCCGUGGUGGUGUACCAGCUGAGCGUGCUGACGGGCGGACGCGCGGGAGCCGACACGGACGCGCGCGUGCACGCGUCACUCUGGGGCGAGCGGGGCGACUCGGGGGCCCGACUUCUGCACCGCUCCCUCAACAACCCCAUCCCCUUCCAGGAGGGGCAGAUGGACGUGUUCCGGCUGGAGGCCGUUUCCCUGGGGGAGCUCCGCAAGGUGGUGAUCGGUCACGACGGCACGAGCCCAGGGCAAGGCUGGUUCCUGGACAGGGUCGUCGUGAAAGUGACGGGCAGCGAAUUGGACAGGGAAUACGUCUUCCCGUGCGAGAGGUGGCUGGACCAGGGCAGGGAUGACGGAAAGGUGGAGCGGGAGCUGGAGGCUCAAGCUCCCAUACUGAUUGGCAAGACUCCGAAAAAAGACACGCGCUACCGCGUGACGGUGAUCACGGCGUCCGACUCGCUGCCCCCGCUGGGCGCCUCGGCCUCCCUGGUGGCCUACGGCGCGCAGGGCCGCUCCGACGAGAUGACCCUGCCGUCCGUGCGACCGGGCCACAUGGGUUUCCUGCCCGGCUCCUCCGACACCUUCCUGGUGGACCCGGGCGACGUGGGGGAGCUCUACAAGGUGCGGCUGAGCGUGGAGGACCCCUCCGAGUGGCAGGGCUGGCACCUGGAUGCGCUGCGGCUCGAGGAGGUGGCCACAGGGCACGUACUGGCACCCGCCGAUGCCCGCGGGUGGCUUUCGCGCACGCGGGGCAAGCGCGGUACCACGCGGGAGUUUGCCGUGGCCCCCGAGGGACGGCCGCUCCUGCCCGUCCAUCAUUACGUGGUGUCCGUGCACGUGGGCGAGCGGUGGGGAGCCGAGACGUUUGCUGGCGUGUACAUGACGCUGUAUGGGGAGGCGGGCGACACCGGCUGUCGCAAGCUGCUGCGCUCGCUGCAACCGGGUCUCAAGUUCCAGCGGGGCCGGACGGACUCUUUCCUGGUGGAGGCGGUGUCGCUGGGGCAGGUGCGCAAGGUGGUGAUCGGGCACGACGGGGAGGGAUAUGGCUCGGGGCUCUUCGUGAAGAUGGUGACGGUGCGCGAGUCCAACUCGGCGGCGCGUGAGUCGCUCUUCCCGUGCUGGGCUUGGCUCGACGACCACAUGGGCGAGCGCCGCACCGUGCGCAAGCUCCAUCUCCUGGGCGAGAGGGCCGUGGCGGAGACGCCGAACCAUCUCACGGAGUCUCGCCAGGCAGAGCGGAAGGAGGAGGAGGAGGAGAAGGAUGACCUCUCGUCCACCUCGCAGUGGAAGAUCACUGUGCUGGGAGCUCCCCGCUCCGACGGGGAGGAACAGGAGGAGGAGGAAGAAGGGAAGGCCCGGGCACCCCCGCACCUCCGGUUGGCGCUGUACGGCACGCGGGGCAGCGCCGUCCUGCACACCCAUGUCCUGUCCUCCUGCCACGAGCUCACGUGGGACGUGCCGCGCGUGGGGGAGCUGUUGAAGCUGCGAGCGUCCGUGGACCCCGAGGACGACGUGACCUCCGUGCCGCAGGAGGGGGGUGGCGGCGGCGGGGCCGGCGGGGGGAGUGGUGGGGGCUGGGGAGCUCCCCUGCCGGCGUGGCUCCUGCGAAGCGUGCGUUUCACGCCCCCCGCUGGGGGGCCCCCCGAGACGAGUUUCCUCGUCGAGGCGUGGCUGGGCGGGGGCCCCGGUGGGCGCUACGACGCCGAGGUACCGGCGCUGCGGCCAGGGGUCGACCCGCUCCCCGCGCUGCUGUACGUGGUGGAGGUGCACACCGGGGAGGCGCGCGGCGGCGGGGCGGACGGCCGCGUGUGCGUCCACCUGCACGGGGAGCGCGGCGACUCGGGCCGCCGCUGGCUCGAUGGCCGCCCCCGCGCAUUCCGCAGGGGACAGGUGGACGUGUUCAAGGUGGAAGCCGUGCACCUGGGAGAGCUGCGGUUGGUCACCGUGGGCUACAGUGGCCACAGGGAAGGGGGCUGGCUGCUGGAGCGCGUGGUGGUGACCGAGGGGGAGGCCGCCAUGCAUCGCUGCGUCUUCUCCCACGGCGGCUGGAUCAUGGCGGCGCCGGGCGGGGGUCACGGGCCCGUGGAGGUGUCACUCUCGCUCACGGAAAAACUGAAGGUGCUGCCGCCCGACCGGGCGAGGGGGGCGGCCGCACCGAGCAGGGGAUUGUGGGACGCGUGGGUGAUGUCGGCCGAGGCGGAGGGCCCGGGCAUCUGGCCGCCGGCGGUGCACGCCGUGGCGUACGGAACGCUGGGGAAGUCGCCGCCGCUGCCCAUCGGCAACGUGAACGACCGGCCCUUCCUGCUGCAUAUCGGCGAUGUCGGGGACCUCAGGAAGCUGUCCUUCGUCUGCACCGAGGGUCUGCAUGGGAAGGGCAUCCUCCUGAGCAAGGUGCGCCUGAAGGACCGUGACACGCGCGAGGAGCUCGGCUUCGAGGCCGCCGACGUGUGGCUGUUUGGCAAAGACGGCACGGAACCCGUGACAGAGCUGGCGGUGAUCCGGCCGGACUGCCAGCCCCUCCUUGACGUGGAGUACGAGGUCCGCGUGCGCACCGGGGACGUGCCGGCCGCGGGCACCCACGCGCCCGUCCACCUCACGCUCGUCGGGGAGUUCGGUGACACGGGCCCCCGGCCGCUGCGUCGCGGCGAUCACCGCGACGCCUUCCUCCGCGGCCAGACGUCGAUGUUCGCGGUACGCGCCGUGGAUCUGGGGCCGCUGACGUCUGUGCGGGUCGGCGUGCGCGCCGCCGGGCUCGGCUCGGGCUGGUUCCUCGACACCGUGGCGGUGCGGUGCUCCCCGGGGUCGCCGGGGUCGCGAGGGGCAGCCAGCUACGCAGAGCUCCUCUUCCCGUGCCGCCAGUGGCUCGACGACGGAGUCGGCGACCGCAGCACCGAGCGGACGCUGCGGCUGCUCGGGGAGACGCGGGACGGGCUCGGGGAGACGCCGGCGUCGCACGGGGGCUCGUGGACCCUUCGCCUUCACACCGGUGACUUCCCGGAUGCCGGCACGGAGCUGGGCGUCUCGGUGACGGUGUGCUGCCGGGCCGGCGCGGCGCUGCCCAUCGGCGUGCCACGGGGGGCCCUGCGGGCCAGGGGCCGCCACUACGAGGCCUCGCUGGUGCUGCCCGAGGAGCUGGGCCCCGUCGUCAAAGUCCGCAUCGAGAUGGAGGAGGGCGAGGCCAGAGACAGCUGGUACUGCCGCAAGGUGACGCUCCGGCGGCGGCGGCAGGAGAGAAAUGGAAGAGGAGGCUCAGGAGAAGAGGAUGGCAAAAAGAUUCUCAAGUUCCCGUUUGUGCGCUGGUUCUCACCGGAUAAUGGCGGACAGGUGUCCGAGCUGCCCCUGCUCUCGUCAGGAUCGCCAGAAUCGCCGAUCCCUGUGGUGCUGGAGUACGUGGUGAGCGUGCGCACGGGCUCCUCGGAGAGCUCUGCGACGACGGCGCGCGUCUGGCUCACCGUCACCGGCGAACGUGGUGACACGGGAAGACGCGCGCUCGCUCGGCGCCGCGGAGAGAGGAGCUUCGCCAAGGGGCGCGUGACCUCCUGGUCGCUGGAGGCGGUGGAGCUGGGGCCCCUGAGGGAGGUGCUGGUGGAGAAGGGGCCCGGCAGCGACUGGCACGUGGAGGCGGUGAGCGUCCGUGAGGGCCCCUUCGCGCCGUUCGAGGCCGUCUUCCAGGCUCAUCGCUGGCUGCGCGACGGCGCGGCGGGCUCCACCGCGUCCGUGCGCGUCCCGCUCACCGAGGUUCGGCCGAGUGCUGUGACCGUGGCCCCCCUGCCCAGCGACGCUCCAGCACCCAAGUCCGAUGGACGCUGGCGAGUGGAGCUGACGCUGGGUAACGAAGAUGACGAUGACGGCGAUGGUGGCGGGUCGGCGCGGGGCAGCCCCGGGCGGCGGGAGCAGCAGCAGACGCUGCUGCUGCCCCCGGGUCUGUGCCUCGUGGUGUACGGCUCCGAGGGCAAGACGAGCCCCUUGCCCCUCGUGGGCCCCCGGCACGGCACGGGCGAUGGCGGCGCCAGCAGCACCAUCGCGUUCGAGGUGUCGUUCCCCGUGAGCGUGGGCGUGCCGUACAAGGUGCGGCUUGGGGCGCGUGACGGCUCGGCGCCCUGGGAGCACGGCCCGGGCGGAGGGAACGAGCGCGCGGGCACCACUGCUGACACCACGGCCGCCCCGCACCUGCGCCGCUUCCGCAUGACGGACGUGCGCACGCGCGCCACGUUCACCCAUGCGCCCGGCGAGGCGCUGCCUCCCCCGUCCGGCGGGGACGUCUGGAUGGAGAUCCCCGCCGAGUGGCCCCAGAGACCAGCGCCGACGGUGCUCCGGUACCAGGUGCUGGUGUUCGGUGAGGACUUCAUUGCGGCGCAGCCGGCGCCGCGCGUCACACUCAUGGUGGUCGGCACGCAUGGCGACUCGGGCGAGCGCUGGCUGGGCGAGGCGACUCGCGGGGACCAGCACGGCGUCCACGACCAGCCGGUGAUGGUCUUUGAGGUGAAGGCCGUGGAUCUGGGGGAGCUCCGCCGAGCCAUCCUCUCCGCCUCCUGUGAAAAUGAUUACAACAUUCAAGUGGACAAGAUUGUGGUUAAGAAUGCCGAUUCCACAGACAACACUUACGAGUUUGAGUUGGAAGGGAGUUUAAAUGUUCUCGGCCGAAAGCCGGCUAUCUCCAAAGAAAUGCGUCUGAUUAGAGCCACCAGGAGCCCAUCAAUAGGCCCAGACCAAGCAGCUUUGGCCAAUGGUGACUUCAUGGAGGAGUUUGCGCAGGAUGCUCCAGCCAAUGAGAUUGCUGGGGACCACCAUCCUGAAGCCUCAGCCAGUGAUGGUGCAUGGGUAGAGCCUGAACAGGACCCCCUGGCCGAUGAGACCAUGGCAGCGGGACUUCCCGAAGAAGACGAAGCAUUCGACGAGGACAAAAGCGACAUAUCUUCUGGUGAUGAGCUGCUUGGGCCAGCGAGCGUGGAACCGGAGGAAUAGCUUUGACCUAAUAAUACCUCUUUUCCACUGGGACAUCUGAGCUAAGCCAUCAUGGAGCCCUAACAGUAACGGUGGUUUUCCACUCACUACCAAGACUGUUAUACUCUGGGCUCAUAAGACAUCAGAAUCUGGCGCAGGGGGACAAGAAAGUCCAGGGCUGGGCUAUAGACGCGUUCACUGCAUGUGAUGUCAGUCAGUAUACCGUGAGGACAGCAUCUCUGCGGACAUGUGUCUCGUUCAUUGCGUGUGAGGUGAGUGGCACAGCUCGGUUUCUGCAGUGGGAAUGCAAUCAGGCGCUUCCUGAGCCACACCAAACUAGCUCAGCAUGGACCUCCGAUUAGCACGGUGCGAAAGAAGUUCAACAGACAUACACACGACCUGGCAUGGCUCAGUUGUGCAGUGGAAAAGAUAAGGCACGGUGAUUAUCUCAGAGGCUAUAUUUAAGAUUGUCAAUGUGGCGCUGUCUGUGUGCAAAACUUCUACUCUUACAGAAAUAAACAGUGACAAAUGUGCUCCCAUUUUUCUGCAUUUAUAAUUAGGAGCCAUUCUUCCACUUACAUCAAUGAAAAAAAUUCUGAAGAUAAAUACUGUAAAUGCACUUUGGAGCCACAGAAAGAGACAUCUUCCUUAAUCGCUGGUGCUGCGCUGUGAACGUUACCAAAAGUCCACAUGCACGCACCAGACUGGUUACAAAAACCAAAGCACAUUUUGUCAUGCACAAUUCAAUUCAGGUAAAGCUUCUAAAUUUAAAGAGAUUGAUUUUUUUUUAUGAAUAGCUUUUUUGAGAGUUGUUUUCAUUUUGAUAUGUACAAAAUAAAGACUUGGUUGUGUUUUGAAUGCAUCAUGCGGUUGUUGUGGACGCUGUUGUGUU